AUGGAGCUCCACGGACAAAGUUUUAGCCUUGCUUUGGCAACUCCUGCACUUGUUUCAGGUUUGGCUCCUCCUAUAUGUGUGCAUGCUGGUGUUGUGACUGACAGCUCCAUAGAGCUCCUGUGGGACAGGGCCGAGGGAGACGGCCACCAUUAUGAGGCGCUAUGUAUGAACUAUGCUGAUACUGUCAUGAAGUUAAAUCUGAAGUACAGAAUGAACACUACAGAAGUAUUUAAAGAUAUGGUCGCCGGGAAACUCUGCAUCUUUUCAGUUAGCACAGAGAAGGAGUCUUUCAGAGACAGCCCAGCCGUGUUUAUCGCCGUCAGAGCUGCUCCCAGCUCGGUCACCUUUUUGCCACUCCAGAGGACAUCAUCUCUAACCAUGUGCUGGAGGGCCGGCGGGGGGGUCUGUGACUCAUUCAUUCUGUCUAUCAGAAACUCAACCUUUAUCCUGCACACCAAUCUGAUUCCAGAGGCUGCUGACAACAUUGAUUUUAUUGAACAGGAAGUGAACAGUAUGUAUGUAAUUUGGACACACCCACCAGGCGGAGUGAAUGGCUACAGGUUCCGAUAUGGCCUUGCAGGUGAACUCCAACACCAGGUUGAUCUCCAUAGCAACAGCAUCAUGAUUCAUGACCUGACCCCAGGAAGUGAUUACAGCUUUGAGAUCCAGUCCUUCCUGGGGUCAGAUUUCAGCCAGACCACAUCCAAAAACAUCUCUACUCGUGUAUGUUCCCUCUCUCUGUCUCAUGCCAAUGUCACAUCCGCUACAGUGGCCUGGGCUGCAGCUGUUGGUCAUUUUGACUUCUACAGAGUGACCGUCAGAAAUAGUUCUCAACAGUUGGACGUUAGGCGUGAAUCCGCACCUGCAGGAAGUACUCUUAGCGGUCUGCAGGACGGCUGCUCCUACAACACCACUGUACAACGCUACAGAAACACACUCAGUGGCACCGCCGCCAUAAUCACCAUACAUACAGUCCCUGCCAGUCCUGAGGACCUGCGUGUUAUAAGCGUGUCACCUCGUGCUUUUUCACUAUGCUGGUUGAUUUCACCUGGAUGUGACAAGAACUACAUGCUCCAACUGUUCCCUGACCAGGGCAAUAUCAGCAUCACUAGCACACCGGACAACUACAUCCAGGCUCAAGUGUCCAGUGUAACCCCCGGUACGUCAUACACUCUCACGGUCAAUGCGGUCGCCUCUUCAGGGUUCGGUUCACCUGUCAGCCGAAUACUCGUCACCACUAAUGAGUCUCUGCCAGCAACCCCCUCUAAACCUGAGGGUGAGAGAGUGGGUUCGACUGGAAUCCUGUUGUCCUGGCGGAUGCCCAUGCCCCUUGACCCUAGCAUUCACUCAUUCAUCAUCAGAUACAAAGAGAUGUGUCCAUACCCUGACCCAACCUUCACUGAGGUCACUAAGAGCCUGGACAUCCCUGAAACCCUGCUGAACACCCUCACUCCUGGAGCGACAUACAACAUUAAGGUUGCAGCAGUAAACAAAGCAGGAGUUGGACCAUUUAGCCAGUCUCUGUACUACAAAACCGCAGAGGCCCCCCCUGGUCUGGUGUCAAACCUCACAGCAUUUGCUGAGGAUCACGCAUCCGUGUUGGUCAAGUGGUUUCUUCCUGUACACAUUAAUGGUCUAAUAACUAAGUUUGCAGUGAAAGUCAAACAUGCUCGAACCAGCCAGAUCGUCCGCACACUGGACCUCAACGCAGAGGACAUCAUGAACGGAGCCCUGCCUCACUGCAAUGAUGCGGCAGACAUCUUAUCUCGUGGAACUCAGAGCCCGCUACAGUCUUCUCAGCUGACCUCUGCUGUGUUGCCAACCUUUACACUCUCAGCUGUACCCCCUGCCUCCAUCUGGAGUGUUCCAAUCAGCGUGAGCAUUAAUGAGCUCCGCCCCUACACACCUUAUGUGUUUGAAGUCUCCGCCUUCACCAGUGAUGGGGAGGGACAGAUUGCCAGUACUUUGGUCCGCAUGCCAGAGGCUGCCCCUGAAGACCCUCCGCAAAAUGUAGCUGUGAGGAACAUCACAUCCAGAUCUCUGUCUAUAUACUGGGACACUCCAAAGAUCAUUACAGGACGUUUCAGUUACUUAGUCCAGCUUCAUGGACCUGCAGGUUUUAUAAGUGAGAACAGCACACUCGAUCAGAAGUUUGUUUACACCAGGCUGACUCCAUACACACAAUACCAUAUCCAUGUCAUGGCCAAAUCAGCAGGGGCCACAGGACCAGCAACAGUCAUCAACAUUACAACACAGGCAGAAGCUCCCAGUGCUGUGUCUGAUCUGACAGCGGAGGCCGUCGACUCCACAUCAGUCCGUCUGUCCUGGAGAAUUCCGAGUCAACCAAACGGACUGAUUACACACUAUCGGAUUCUAGUGCAUUACUACAGUACACUUGUACAGGACAUUACCCUACGAGGACAGAAUGGUGGAGACACUGUUGGCGGACUGCUUCGUCGCAACGCGAGGUCACUUGACUUCACCACGGCAACUGCGUUCACUCUCACUUCAGAUGGAACAUUCGCCGGGUUGGGCCUCAGUAUAACCAACGCUGACAAUACUAACACAGAACUGACCUCUGACCUUCCUCUGACCCCGAGCACUUCCCAAUCUCCUCCACCCUGGCUCACGGUGACCCACAACAGAACAGAUGCAUCUGUGGAAGCUGAGACAGAGGGCGUAACCGUUGACCCUUUGAUGGAACUCACACCUUUCACCCUAGACACUGACGGACCACCUUUAGUUAACUUAAGCCCCUCACCGCCUCGCCGCUUCACAAGGGCGGUGGCCACAGACUCCACCCAACAGCAGACAAACCUCCCAACACGAACGGCAACCACUAUUGGAAUAGAGGUCCUACCACCCACAGAGGAGACGGUAGACCUCUCGUAUGAUCGGAUCUCAUAUGUGGUUAAAAGACUGAGUGCUUUCACUGAGUACAAAUUUGGUGUGAUGGCAUAUAACAUCAUUGGAGAGGGACCGACCACACAAGUGAUCGUGAAAACGACUGAACAGGUUCCCAGCUCUGUUCAGGAUGUAUCCUAUCAGAACAUUAGCUCCACCUCUAUCGGGGUUAACUGGGAACCACCCCUCAACCCUAACGGCAAGAUAACUCACUACACAGUGUAUGCACAAAAUCUCCUAACCAACCAAGUAUUACAACAAGCGACAGACACUACCAGCACAGUGCUCAGAGAUCUGGACAAGUACAGCAGUUAUAAGUUACGUGUAGCAGCAUCUACAGCUGUUGGAGAAAGCCCUCUGACUGAUGAAGACUACAUUUACAUUGUGACACAAGAGGAUGUACCGGAUUCUCCCCCGCGGGAUCUGGCCAUCGUGAAAACCACCUCCUCCACUGUGACACUCACCUGGUCUCCGCCGGAGAAACCCAAUGGCAUCAUUCAGAUGUAUGAGGUCACCUACACCAACCACACAUUCAGCAACACGAUCAACAGCACGUCACCCAGUGGCACACUGCGCUAUCUGAAACCAUACACAUACUACAAUGUGACGGUCCGGGCAUACACACAACACGGCCAUGGAAAUCAGAUUUCUGAUUCUCUACAGAUGCUGUCAGGGGAGGACGUGCCUGGCAGCCCACCUUACGAUCUGACCUAUGAGAGCAUCAAAUCCAGCGAGGUGAAUGUGUCAUGGUCUCCCCCGCUUCUCGCAAACGGUAUCAUCCUGUUCUACAACGUGGAGUACUGGAACGCCACUCACUCUCUGAACCAAACCACACAUGCACCUUUCGCUGUCCUGUCCAACCUGCGAAAGUACGCACGCUACCGCGUAAGUGUGCAGGCUGCCACCAGGGUCGGCACGGGCAAUCACACGAGUGAGAUCUUAAACAUCACAACACUAGAAGAUGUACCCAGUUCCCCUCCAAAAUUCCUAGCCGCCAGGAGAUUGUCUGACACUGAGGUAGAGCUGUCCUGGAAAGCUCCCGACGAGGCCAACUCUGAGAUUUUAUACUACAUAGUGAGAGUGUGGAAUAUGAGCUCUGAGUUUGUCGAGAAUGUGACAGAAAGUUCAGUGGUGGUGAGUGUGGACGGGCCGGGUCAGUAUAGUGCCUCAGUUAGCAGCUGGACUCGACUAGCACCCUCUGACCCUCCACAGAAUGUGUCAUAUAGGCUCCUCACACCCACAACAGUGAGUCUCAGCUGGGGUCCUCCGACCGAACCUAAUGGCAUCAUCCAGUACUACACCAUCUAUUACACAGACAAUUAUACUGAGUUUACACAGAUGGUUCCUGGUUCAGAUCAUUGGUGGUUGCUGUCUGAUCUGAUAGCAGGACAGGAGUACAGUGUGUGGAUGAGCUCCAGUACUUCUGUUGAUGAUGGGGGAGUGUACAGCUCUCCUCUAAACUUCACUACUCUAGAGGCCGUACCAAGUGGUCCGGUCCACAACCUCACAGCUACGAUCUACAGCUCUACGGCAGUCGUGAUUAGCUGGGAUCCUCCUCUGGAGCCCAACGGCAGAGUUUUCUACCAGCUGAGCUUGCAAGAGGCGGGCACGACCCAUCCGUCCAUCAACCGCACGGUCAACAUCACCAUCUCCAAGACAACCACAGACAACAUAUACCUCUUCACCAAGCUCAGGAAGUAUUUUCCCUACAUCAUUAAAGUGACCCCAGCAACUGGCGCAGGAUCAGCAGUAAACCACACAGCAAUGCUUUACCUGCGAACUGAUGAAGACGUUCCAAGUUCUCCUCCUUUGCCAGAAGCCAGUAGAAAUCUCUCCAGCUCCUCCAUCUACGUGUCUUGGUUCCCCCCAAUUGAGGCCAAUGGCAAGAUUGUAGAAUAUGCUGUAGUUUUACAGGGUCCUGGGGCAGUCAACAGAACUACUACCCCUGAAACACAUCUUACUCUCACAGACCUCUCCCCAUUUACACCUUACAAUCUCUCCAUCGCUGCGGCCACUCGUGUAGGUGUUGGCCCAUCAGUGAUUAUUUCACUGCAUACUGAUGAAGCAGGCCCAAUGUCCCCACCAUGCAACCUGAGUAUAUUUAACCACACUUCAGAUUCAGUGUGGCUUCAGUGGGAUCCCAGUCUGGAGCCGAACGGAGUCGUCCAACACUAUGGAUUCAGAAUACUUGAACUAAACACACACACUCUUAGUUAUCAGAACUUGUCAGAUGCAUCCACACAAGCAGAGCUGAGGGGCUUCAGACCUCACAGUUCAUAUGAGAUCAGUGUGUGCACGUUCACCAGAGCAGGAAACGGUGACCAGUACAGCUUACCUGUUAUAUUUACCACCAACGAAUCAGUAUCAGACGCUGUUGGAAAUCUAACCUGUUCCGGAUUGGAUUGGGACUCUGUGAAUAUGGAAUGGGAGCCUCCGAUUCAUCCUAACGGAGAGAUUCUGCAUUACCUCAUUCGUUCUGGAGAUCGGAAAGAAGAGGCUGAUCCCCUCACACUAACACACUCAAAAGUACACACUUUCAGUGGCCUGUCACCUGACGUGUUCUACAUCAUCAGUGUGGCUGCUGUAAAUUCAGCCGGAAUAGGGGAGGAGGCGAACUGUACAGCACAAACUCCACCAGAGUCAGUUCCUGGUCCCCCUCGAUCACUGACUGUAAUGGACGUUACUUCUGACAGUGUGUCUCUAAGCUGGCUGCGUCCUGCACGUGUCCCUGGUCUGUUACAGGGUUAUAAUGUAGAGAUUCAGAGAUUGGCAAGACACUGUGUGAAGAAAGGAGACCUGGAGUCCUGUGUGGAGAGUGAGAUUGUGGAGUGGGUUGAAGGAGAAACCAACGGAGUCACACUUUCCCCUCUUUUGAAAUACAGACAGUACCAGCUCCGAGUGGUGGCGUUCACCAGGGCUGGUGCCGGAGAUCCUUCAGAGUGGAUCCACACAGAGACACUUGCAGGAAACCCUGAUGCUCCACCUGGUGCCAUCUCAGUGGUUCCCUCUGCCACUGGGUUAAAGAUCGAGUGGGAUGAACCAACGAUCAUUUCAGGGCCCACCUCAUACCUCAUUGACAUCACUGCUUUGGACGGUUCUAGAUAUAACCUGAGUUUGGUGAGAUAUUCAGAGGAGAUCAGGGCGAUAGUUAUUAGGAACUUGACUGCAUUUACUCUAUACUCUGUGGCUGUUACCGCCUUCACGGGGAACCUGUCAAACGCCCGCAGAGACGGCAAAGCAUCCGAACCCGUCCUCAUCAGAACCCUGGAGGACGAACCGAAAGAUCCACCCAAAGACUUGACACUGACAGUGAUUCCAGAGGAAGUGACUCGUGUUUAUGUGACAUUCUCUCCACCGGAUGAGCCAAAUGGAAAUAUCAGUGCAUAUCAUGUCACCAUCUACCGCAAUGGACUACUGGACUUUUACAUCAACAGCCUGCUAGUGAUCAGCAACCCUAAUAACACAAUGACAGCCGUCAUAAAUGGACUGAAGGGGGGAUUCAAUUACAGCAUACGGAUAGCUGCAGUGAAUGGAGCCGGUUUAGGACCAAGUUCAGAGGUUCAGGUCAUGACAGGUGUAAAAGCUCCUCCCAAACCAACGAGGAAGCCACGGGUUGCUCUGAACAACGCAGGCGCUGUCAUCACCACGUCUAAAACCAUUGCUGUUGAGAUGCCUGAAUGUUUCUUUACAGAUGAUCAUGGACCAAUCCAGAAAGUCCAGGUCAUUGUUUCAGAGCCAGCAGUGAUGGACUACGGUAAUCUGUCCAACUGGAAGAGUGUGUUUCUCCACCCUACCGCUCCGUAUCUGACCGACGAGGGCUUCUUGAAUCCAGCAUGCUCUGAGAGAUCUGAACGCAUGAACGCAAAAACUAACACAUACGUCAUAGGAGCAGACGAGGCAUGCCUGUCUGAAAAUGCUGAGACGCUCUGUAACGGACCGCUCAAACCUAAAACAUACUAUGUAUUCAAAUUUCGGGCGACAAAUAUUCGUGGGCAGUACACAGACUCUGAGUACUCGGACAGGGUCAGAACUGCAGAUGACCGUCUGUUGACCAGGGAUGAGCAGAUCAUUCUUGGAGUACUGUUGUCUUUUUUCUUGGCUUUACUUUUGAUUCUGCUUAUAUACGGAUCUGUGAGGAUCCACCAGAGGCAAAAGGAAGGUGGGACGUACUCUCCACGUGAGGCUGAGAUUAUUGAGACCAAGUUCAAGCUGGAUCAGCUGAUUGCAGUGGCUGACAUAGAGUUUAAAGAGGAGAAGAUCAACCGGUAUUCUUCCUUUUUCUAUAGAAGGAAGGAGAUUUUUGUCAUCCAGCUGCUAAGUUACAGGAAAUCUCUCAAGCCAAUCAAUAAGAAAUCUUUUCUUCAGCAUGUGGAAGAUCUUUGUGCCAAUGACAAUGCCAAGUUUCAGGAGGAGUUUGCGGAAUUGCCGAAGUUGCUUCGUGAUCUGGCAACGUCUGACGCUGAUCUGCCUUGGAAUCGCUCCAAAAAUCGCUUCACUAAUAUUAAACCAUAUAACAAUAACAGAGUGAAGUUACUGUCUGAGCCGGGAAUGCCAGGGUCUGACUACAUCAAUGCCAGCUUUGUCUCUGGCUAUCUUUGUCCUAAUGAGUUUAUAGCCACACAGGGUCCUCUGCCGAGUACCGUUGCAGAUUUCUGGAGGAUGAUUUGGGAGACGGGGACCAAAACUAUUGUCAUGCUCACACAGUGCUUUGAGAAGGGCCGGAUCCGCUGUCAUCAGUACUGGCCUGAGGACAAUAAACCUGUAACUGUUUUUGCUGACAUCAUAAUCACUAAACUCACAGAGGAUGUGUGCCCUGAUUGGACAGUUCGAGCGCUCAGAGUGGAAAGGCAUGGUAACUACAUGAUUGUUCAUCAUUUUAACUACACAUCAUGGCCUGAACAUGGCGUUCCGGAGUCCAGCUCCACACUGAUCCAGUUUGUCAAAGCAGUCCGUUCCAACAGAGGCCAUGACAACACAACCAUUGUGGUCCACUGCAGUGCUGGUGUGGGAAGGACUGGAGUGUUUAUAGCCAUGGACCAUCUCGUUCAGCAUAUGAGGGAUCAUGACUUUGUGGAUAUAUAUGGUCUGGUCGCAGAACUGCGCAGCGAGAGGAUGUGCAUGGUGCAAAACCUGGUUCAGUACAUGUUUCUGCAUCAAAGCACUCUGGAUCUGCUGUCUGCUAAAGGAAACAGUCAAUCCAUCUGGUUUGUAAAUUACUCCGCUCUGGAGAAGAUGGACUCGCUGGAUGCGAUGGAGGGUGAUGUUGAAUUGGAGUGGGAGGAGACAACAAUGUAAAAAGUUCAUUUAUUUCCUGUGAAUUCUUCAUCUCUUUGAUGGCUGUGAGGAGACAUGGGACAAGCUUAUGAAAUCCCUACACAGACGCUGACAUUCUGGAUAUCGGGGCCAAACACUGAACAAGAAUAUAAGAGGAUUAUAUAUGAUGCAGUAACAAUCUCGCAUUUUCUCGCCUAAUCAGAUUGUGUCUCACAAUGUUUCAUUUAUAUCCACCAGACAUUAUCAUCCAUCAAAGUUCUCAAAUUAUCUCUUUUUAGAAUAUGCUUUUCCUCAUACCUUUGAAAUCAAAAUGUAACAGACACCAAAGAUAUGAGUGUUUGUUUUCAGAGAUUUGGGACGAGUCAUAAUGCAAACAGUUUCCUCACAAAGGUGCAUGGAUUCAGACAGGUCCCAAGCAUUUUGAAUCUGCUGUUACACAACUAUUCUAUGUUUAGAAUAUUGGUCGAAUGAGCAUGC